UUCUAUUUUUUUUUUUUUUUAAUAAAAAUAACAUUAUUCCAACGUUAUAUUUGCAGCGAUGUAAUAGAAAGUCACAAGUAUCAGCUCAGACAUAAACAAGUAUCAUGAGGAAUGCAUUGCAUGUAAUUAUGCAGAUUUACAAUUUCUUAAACAAGGCUAUAACAGUUGCUUUUCAACCCAAGAUUAUUCGCCUUUAAUUUAUGAAAAUAAAAAAUUUAUGGAAGAUCUUAAACUCUUAUGGGUUGAAUCCAAGGAAUCACGUGAUACUUUCUCUUUGCUUUCUGUAAAGUAUUUUAUUAAGAAGUCUAUUUUUUAUAAUAUUUUAUAUAUUUAUCGUAAUUUUAUAAUAUUUAUCGUAACUAUUUAAUCUGUUUUAUAAUAUUUAUCGUAACGUUAUCUCAUGUAAAUUAAUAUAUUUUAUAUUAUAUCUUUGCAGGACAAAAUAAUAUUAAAAAUAUUAAAAGAUUUAGAUUUGAGAUCAUUACGUCGCAUGUGCAGAGUAAAUAAACGCUUGAAUAAUUUAUUACGGGAUCUUUUCUUUUACACAAGUUUGAAUAUACGGAAUAUAUACUUUACAUAUUGGCGUUCUAAUUUUUUUGAUAUAUUUGACUAUUUUACCCCCAGAUGUAAAUAUUUGACAUAUUUGGAUCUGUCAUUUUGUUAUUUUUCUGUUUGGAAAUUUAAUGCAUUUUUUAUUACUUGUGAUACGUUGUUAAAACGUUUAAUAUUAAGUUAUUGUUAAUCCAUCGACGAUUCUGCUCUGCUUGAAAUUUCAAAGACAUGUCGAAUAUUAAAAGAAUACUGCAGGUGCAGAGGAAUCGACACAUGCGUGACUUAAAUUUAGCAAUCACAGGCAAAAGUUUAAAUAUAGAGAAGGUCACAAUAGAAUUGAAAAAUUCAUGUCCAAAUUUGGAAAAGAUAAAUUUAUGCAACGCACAUGGUAUAUUUACAUUAAAAGGUAUCGAUGCUCUUGCUGAUUGCAAAAAUCUACAGGAAGUAAAUUUUGGUUACAUUAUUCUUUCUGUGUAUGGUAGAAUGUACUAUUAUUAUCGGGAUGAUUUACCGAAAUUAUCGAACAGCUUACGCAGAUUGUUCUCCUCUUGUCAACGUUUAGAAAAAAUCGAUUUGUCUUACAAUUAUAAUAAAUUAAAGAGUAUAGAUUUGGAAAUACUAACACUAUGUAAAAAUUUAAAAUACUUAAAUUUGAUGUACGCAAACAUUGAGACACCUAACAUGUUUUUUGAAAUUUUUUAAUGUAAAAAACUAGAAGUGAUUGAUCUUUGCUAUAUAUAUAAUAUUAGUGACAGAUAGUGACAGAUUAGUUAAUCAAUGGAGAAAAAAAUAUCAGAAUGUAUUCAUCUGUAAAUAAUAAAUUGUAAAUAAUAAAUGGCAUAAUUAAAUAUCUCAAAAAAUAAUCUCUGAACCUCAAAAAAUAAUUCUUGAAUUUAUGCACAAUCCCUUAACCUUAAGUUACCACUUUUAAAUAAUUACGAGUCUACCAUGAUAGAAUAAUGCUAUCUUACGUUUAUUUCGUUAAAACUUUCACAAAGAUCAACUAAUUAAAAUUUUUUUUUAUUAAAAUGCCAGACUUCAAGAAAUUGGUCUACACUGAGAAAAAUGUUAAGUAAAAUUUGGUUGAUAUAUAAAAAUAAAACAAUGUCGUUGUGUUAAUUAAAAAGUUUGAUUAUUUGAUCAAAAUGUUUUGUUAAGAUAACAAAACUUUAUUUUAUUAGUCACAUAUCAACCAAAGCUUUGCUCGCUAAUACAAAAUGUUUCUCUCCGUGUAUGUAUAAUAUAAAAAAAAUAAUAAUUUUUAUAAUAUCUAUUACAUAUUUUAAUUUUUAAUUUUUAAUAAAAACUAAAAAUUAAACUUUAUACUCAUAUAAGGAAAAGUUACACUUAAACGCAAAGUUUUACCAUAAGUAUUUAUGGUAAUCUAAGCUUAAGCAAGCUAUAAGAGUUAUUUUUCUAAAUCGAGCUGUUUGUUUAAUAUUUUGUGUAAAUAAGAAAGAUAAAAAAUAUAUUAAAAAUAAAUUUUGAAAUAAGUUCUAAUGACCGUUCUAUGCUAUCUUGAUAAUAUUCAGACAAUGCGAUCGCAAACAAGAGCCGUCCUACUGGAAAAAUUAUUUUCAGGUCACAAAUAAGAAAAUUACAUUAAAAAUUACAUUAAGAAUUCAAGUAUGACCUAAGAGGAGGAACAGUAACAUAAUUAUACAUGUAUAUUAUAUAUACAUAUAUGUAUAUAAUUUUAAUUAUAUUAUUGUUAUUGUGUUAAUAAUUUUAUACAUAUUUGCAUCAACAAAUAUCUUUGCCAUAACUUCAACAUUCAGAGACAUGUAAUUUUUGUAAUUUUUUAUUAAUAAUUAAUAUUGCCAUUUACAUACAUAUCAUGCAUAUUAUUUGUUUGUUAUUGUUAUUUCUUUACUUAUUUUAUUUUUAUUAUCUAUAUAUGUAUAUCAUAUUAGUAUAUUCGUAUAUUCGUCAUUUAUGUUACGUAAUAAUUGUAUUUUAGUAAAAGUCUAUGUUCAAUUAUGAUAACAUAAACCUUGUAAAUAAAGAAACUGUAAUAACAUUAAAAAGGACCAAAUAUCUAAUAAUCUAAGCCAUCUAUAAGGUCUUAAUAUCGACAAUUAGUUGAGGAUUACAUGUUCAUAUGACUGAGCUACUUUCAUAACAUAUUUGACGUUAUGUCUCUUAAAACCUUAUUUCUCAAAAACUAAACAUUACACUGUAUUAAUACUAAUAAAAACAUGAUCUAUUUAAAUAAUAAGAAAUAAAAAUCUAUAUAGUUCAUACAUUCAUAUGGUUUCUUUUUGUAUACAAUCUGUAAAAUUCUUUAAAAGCAAGAAUAAAAUUUGCAUUAUUUUUUUGUAGUUGCAUUGUUUAAAUAAUGAGAAUAUUAUUGAUAAUUCUAAAACAUUUUUUUGUACAUGUGCCUUCCUAACCUGUUUUGUUUAUAUUUUCCUUUUUUAUAUUUUUCUCAUAAUACAGUAUAAAACACAAAAUCGUUGUAGAACGUAAACCGUUGCAUUUCUCUAUUAUUGAAAAUAAAUCAUAGCUGUGUUUAUUCUUUUCAUAACAAUUUUAUUUCAAAUAAAUUGUUUAUUUCUUAAAUAGU